AACUUCCCUCUCCGCCGUCUUCUUUCACUCGGCUCAUUAGGUGCAACUUCUCAUCCACUAUAGCCUCACAGCUUUCAACACCUUCGGAAACUCCAACGCACCUUGCACCGCCCCAGGCUUACCUUCCAUUUUUACGAUCAUAGAAUAGCCUCCCCCCCCGAUCUCAACCAUGUCUCUCGACGCACUUAGGGCUGAGCUUACCUUAACCCAGAACACCGACGUUACCAAGACCGUCCAUACUGCGUCGUACCCUGCGAUCUCCUCGCUCCGUCCGGAGCUCAGCCAGGAGGGGAGGACCGUGCUCAUCACCGGUGGCGGCAGCGGCUGCGGGCUGGCCAUCGCCAAAGCCUUCGUGGCCGCCAGGGCCGCACGGGUCGUCAUCCUCGGCCGCCGCGAGGGCGUCUUGUCCUCUGCCCACAAAGAGCUCGAGGACGAGGCCCGCAGGCUGUCGUCCCCCGCCGUCAUCGUCCAUAGGAUCUUCGACGUGACCAACGAGGACGACGUCGAGAAACUGUGGGCCGACGCCGUGGUCGGGUUCGUCGACGUCUUCGUGUCCAAUGCGGCCAGGUUCCAGACCGAGGCGAAGCCCCUGGUCGAACUGGGGUACAAAGAGGUUUGGUCCAGCUUCGAGGCCAACGUUAAGGGCCCGCUUCACAUGGCCGAGAAGUUCCAGAAGCAGAAGGCGCCAGCGGGAAAGCAGAAUGCUCCCAAGUCCCUCGUCAAUGUCUCGACCGCAGCCAUCCACAUGUUUAACAAGUCCGUCAGCACCUUUUCCGUGUCGGUGCCCUCGUACGGCCUGAGCAAGAACGCGGGCACGCUGGCGCUGCAGCUGGUGGCGGACGACGUCGACCCGGCCCAGCUGCAGGUCGUCAGCUUCCACCCGGGCACCGUCCACACCGAGGUUUACCAGAGGGACAUCGGUGCGGGCCCGCGCGACCUGCCCUUCGACGACGCCGAGCUGUCCGGCUCCUUUGCCGUCUGGGCCGCGUCCCCCGAGGCCCGCUUCCUGCACGGCCGCUUCGUUUGGGCCUCCUGGGACGUCGAGGAGCUCGCGACGGGGCCUGUCAGGAAGCGCAUGGAGGAGGACCAUGACUUCCUCAGGGUCGGUGUGGUUGGGCUCAAGUUCAACAAGCUGGCGUAAGUGCCACCGUGCUUUUGAGCAUCAAACCGAGCCAUCUGCUUAACGCCCCGCGGAGCAAGGUCGCACCGACUCUGUUUGCCAGGAUCGGAGCUAAAAAGGGUCAUCUAAACUGUCCGUUUAAUGCCUGGCUGAGACGUGCGUUGACAAGGCUGCUGUGGUUGCUAUAUUCGAGCAUUUUACAGAUGCUGCACCAUAGUUUGCGGGUUUGCGGUUUUCUCCGUGGCCGUGAACCCAUCGCGCGUGUAUAUAUCCCGUCAAACGCUAGCUCCUGCUGCUGCGGCACCAGACCUGAUUUAAAAUAGUUCAUAUCAUCAGGUAGGGAGUGGCAUCUCUUGGGGUGUUCUGAUAGGCAGGUGUAAUACCGUAUAAAAAAUGAGCGUUAGCGCUUUUCGUGGGAUGACGUCCGUGAAGUGGUUUGAAUUAGAGGGUGGAGGCGUCUGGUCGGCGUCGACGGAUACGACAGUCAGUGCUAACGCGUUCGAGGGGGAAUUGAAGCAUUCACAAGAUUGUGACAGCACAGAGAAGGAG